GUCAUCAAAAGGAAAAUUACAAACAGCCCCUCAAUUUUUGUUAAAUUCCAUUUAGAUCCCCGUAAGAUUAAAAUAUCCCUGAACUUCGUAUGUGCAGCAAAUUGUGUUGGAAGCCGUUCUCUCUUCCUUUCUGUGGCCACACACUGGUCAGUCCCGCUCUCCCUCUCUGUGCUGUUGACAGAAACUCUUCUGUUCAGGGCAGUGCAAGGAUGCUAGGAAUUUCUCUGGCUUCUCCCCUUUUGACCUUUGAUUCUGCUACAAGAUUAUGCUUUUCUACUACCGAUCUUACAACAGCUCCACCAAUUAUUGGUCUGUUGAAUGUGAAUGUAUCCAUUGGUCAUUCCCCAAAGGCACUUGAAGGAGCAGAAAGCCGGCACCACUCUUUCAGAAAAUGGGCAAUAUGCUCCACUGCACAAACUGCGAAUAUAACCUUGAGUGGUGAAGACAGGACGACAUGGGAAGCAUGCAGAAAGGCUUUAUCCACAUUCAAUUUCAGUGUUGAGGAGGAGGACAAGAUGCUUGGAAAAGCAUUUGGGCACAUCCACUCACCCUACUGGAGUGAAGAGCGAAAAAUCGAAGUCCCAAAUUUUGAAACUGUUAAUGGAAAUUUAGAUUACUUGAGAAGUCUAAGCCUUUCCGACGAUGAUCUCUUGAAGUUACUAAAAAAGUUCCCGGAAGUUCUCGGUUGUAGUCUUGAGCAUGAGUUGAAAACUAAUGUGAAGACUCUGGAAAAGGAGUGGGGAAUUGAAGGAAAAUCGCUACGAAAGCUUCUUCUUCGAAAUCCGAAAGUAUUAGGUUAUAAUGUUGAUUGCAAGGGUGAUUGCAUGGCAAAGUGCACUAGAUGCUGGGUACGUUUUUAGCUUUCUGAAACAGUUAAUUACAUAUUUUUUCUGAGCAUUCAAAAAGAAACACUGUUCAUAAUCCUUUUCAAAUACAUAUGUAUAUGUAAUGUGUUAGGAUAAAGGCUCUGUAUCAGUUAAUAUGGACAGGCAAAUUUCCAGUUCUGCGAAUUUGUAUACUUUUACUGUACGAAGUCCCUAAAGUUGUUGAGACUACAGUUAUGUUUGAUGAUAAUAAUAUGAAUUUUGUACUCA